CCACUUUACCACCUUACCACCGCUUCACCACUACUUCAUCACCACUUCACCUCCUCCUCCUUCUAGGCUGCAGCUGGAAACUCUUCCCUGCCUCUAGCCCCCCAAGUGAUGGGUUGAUGGCGACUAGUUAUUGUGUGGCCCUUACGCCGGUUGCUUGAUUGAUUGCUUGAUUCCUCCCACCUUCCUUGCUUUCACCCCCCUCCCCCGACCCGUCGGUCGCCGAUGACCUACCUCCUCUUCUACAUGAGCCCUUCAUGCAGUGAUCACCUACUUUGACCAUCCACUUAUACAUAUACCCCAUAUAUAUCUAUCUACCUGUUCUCCAUCUAAUCUCAUCCCUAAUUCAUGGUCUUCCUGUUCCAUCUGGCACUAUCAACUCCAGCUCCAUCAUCACCCGUCGGAAAGCUCCCCAUGCGACCAUCACCCCAGCGUCAUAUCACACUUUCCUGCGCUCCACCAGCCAGGCUAAAGUAUCUACUAGGCCCGACUCCGAGGCAUGGGAUGCUGCAAGUCGGCAACGUCAACGCAGCUUUUAAUUUUUACCCGGCUUAUCUCUUUGUCUGGUGAAGGAUUAAAUUUAUUCUAAUUUUGAUAUCGAUACUUAAUGAUC